UAGUAUGAAAUGCGUUACUCCCAUCAGUCGUUCUCAGGAUCUCGCGAGAGUUGGUGUCUUCACAUACGUGGCUUUUCCUGGAGCUGUCGGAGAGGAGAGCCGAUCUAGCCGUCAUGGAACUGGAAGCCAUGACCCGAUACACCAGCCCGGUGAACCCGGCUGUGUUCCCUCACCUCACAGUGGUGCUGCUCGCCAUUGGCAUGUUCUUCACAGCAUGGUUCUUUGUGUAUGAGGUAACAUCCACAAAAUACACACGAGAUGUAUACAAAGAGCUGCUCAUCUCACUGGUUGCGUCACUCUUCAUGGGCUUUGGGGUUCUCUUCCUGCUACUUUGGGUUGGAAUUUAUGUCUGAAGAAUAUUCUUCACUGCAAGUCUCACUGGCCCGUGUGUUUCUGUACCAGAGGUUACACAUGCACAGGGGAACAAGUCGAGAACAUUCCGGUGGCUCGGCACUCUCUCCGGGCCUCAAACUCUACCACACGCACUGGGAACAGGAAUGGACUUUGCACUGGCAGGAUAUCGGGAAUUGGGAUUGAUUUCAGAAAUAAAGAUUUUGUAAGAAUGUU